GAUUAUUUAAAGUUUAAUCCAACUCAUGCUUUAGCUUUACAGUAAGGCCAUAUACAUCUUUGUUCUCUCUCUCCUUUGACCAACUGUUUAUAUGGUUUUAGAAAGCUUUGACUAUUGAUGAGGGAUCUGAACUUGAAGCAUAAAUAUCGAAUGAGGAAGAGUGGUUCUGGAUUGAUAAUCUUCGUUGGGGCUUUCAUCAUCUUUAGCCCUUCAUUUGUUGCUGCUAUUCAGUCUGAGGUUGCCGCUAAAUCACUAUACGGGCCACAAUGCUGCAAGAAUCCUCCCAUUUUGAACCCGAAUAGUGGAGCUGGGCAUGUUGAAGUUAUUGGUGGCCUUAAAUCGUAUGUCUCUGGAUCUUCUCAUUCCACCCAUGCUGUUAUCCUCAUUUCUGACAUUUUUGGCUAUGAAGCUCCAAACUUGAGGAAGAUUGCAGACAAAGUUGCAGGUGCUGGUUAUUUGGCUGUUGUACCCGAUUUCUUCCAUGGGGAACCGUACAAUCCUCAAAAUCCAGAGAGACCAAAACCAGUUUGGUUGAAAGACCAUGGAACGGACAAAGGAUAUGAAGAGGCCAAACCGGUGAUUGAAUCUCUCAAGAGAAGAGGUAUAUGUAAGAUAGGAGCAGCUGGAUUUUGUUGGGGAGGAAAAGUGGCUGUGCAACUAGCACAAGGUGAUCAAUAUGUACAGGCAACCGUACUCCUACAUCCUUCCAAUAUUACUGUGGACGAUAUCAAAGGUGUCAAGGUACCAAUUGCUAUUCUGGAAGCUGAGCUUGACCAUGCAGCUUCGCCUGCGCUCAUGAAGCAGUUUAAGGAAGCCUUGAAUGCUAAGCCCCAGGUGGAUGGUUAUGUGAAGAUAUUCCCUGGAGUUGCCCAUGGAUGGACACUGAGAUACAAUCCUGAAGACAAGGCUGCUGUAAAAUCUGCAGAGGAAGCUCACCAGGAUAUGUUAACUUGGUUUCAGAAAUACAUUAACUAGGAUCUUAACACAUAUACUUCGUAUCAUCUAUCAGAGUUCUUGGAUGGGUCAGAAUCAGAAUGCUGCAAGAAUCCUCCAAAGUUGAACCCAAAGAGUGGAGGUGGGCAUGUUGAAAUAAUUGGUGGCCUCAACUCAUAUGUCGUCGGCUCUUCUCAUUCCGACCUUGCUAUUCUCCUCAUAUCUGA